GAUGGUUCUAUAUUCAUCGUCGGCGGAAGGAAAUGCAUAAAUACGUACUGUCGGGAUAAACGAAGGCGCACGGGGAUCACGCGGUAAGCAAGUUCACGGCCGUCCCUUACGUGCAGCCUUCUCUUGGCAUCUUCAAGGCCAAGCGGAGGAUCGUGCUCUCUAUGCAAAUGCCAGUGCGCGGCAUUCAAGCUGGACACGAACCGUGAUCGAAGACCGAUCGAUCCGGUUCCAUCAUACAACUUACAUAAUCAAGAUAACUUUAAUCCCAUUCACACGAAUGAAUAUUAUCGUCUGCGUAUUAUAUAUUCAAAUCGCAAAUCGAUCUUUCCCGAGGAAAUCGCGUAAUUGUCUUACGAGGUGUUAAAGAAUCGCAUUGCAAAAUGUGCGAAUAUAUUGUUGCACAUUGUACAAAAUGUAUUAUAUAUUGAUGUCGCAACACGAUUCCCUGUUUCGCAUAUAUAUCGCAGAAAAGACAGCCCUCAUGUUAUUUCGUUUUUGUGUUGAGAAGGAUUCGGACGUUCGCAUUGCGUUUCGAAUAAGGGGAAAUCACGAUAAAAUCUAAUAAGAUGAGACACCUAUAUUUCAGUUCUAAUAAAAAUAAUUUAAUUUAUUAUGUCGUCAUUGUCGUAAGGACGCAAAGAACGGAGAUGACCGAACACUGCUUUCAUAGUGGAUUCUGCUCCAGGAAAUACUUCACCCUCGCGUAGUAUAAAUAACCGAGAGAGGAUUGGGAGGGUCUUGUCUCUCCCAAUGAUCUCUGGCGCGAUUCUUCUCCGUCCAUCGUCUACCCUGCGGCCAUUCUACGGGAGCGGAUGGCUCGAGGUGGUGAUAAAAGAGCAAGAGAAGAAAAGAGCGCGAAACACCUCGUGCGUUCCGCCACGGAAGAGCUCACCGGGGGCAGAGAGUAGCACCAGAGAGCGCCAGAGGGGAGGGCAAGCCCGUUAUAAGCUCGAGCAGCGGCUAUUCAGCAGCCUGGCGGCGGCUUAGUGGAGUCCUCCUCAAGAUCCUCGUCCGGCGUUUGCACACGUGGUGAUCGUCCUAAAGUCUCGCGUUCCGUACGUUGCUCUUUGCUCGCGGUGCCUCUCGAAGCACCUUCUCGCAGGACGACGAUCCUCCUGGUUAGGAUGAGUCGGCCACGCGGAUUGCCGUCGUUCGCGCUGAUCGUGCUGGUGCUCGUAGUGCAGGUAAUCGCGGCGAACGUGCCCGAAACGCCUGUCGCGUCGGUAUCCAGAUCACGGAGCUACAAGCCGGCCGAUGACACUCAUCUGCUGGAAGAGGACGAUGCCGUGAUCGUCGAAGCCGCAAUCGAACCGAGCCAGUCCGCAUCGAGAGAAGGUCGAGAAAUUCUCUGGAGCGGUGCUGCAACCCGCGAGACUUGUCUGACCUCGAAAGGCGAGGUCGGUCGUUGCACGACCUUCAAAGAGUGCUAUCCAUACUUCAAGAUUCCUGAUCUCGGUGCUUUAGACGGCUGGGUACUCGGCGUUUACGAUACGUGCAGCUAUGUGCGAGAAGAUGGACACAUGAGUUUUGGAAUAUGCUGCUCGAACCUGCAACCGACCGUCACACCCCAUCCUGACAACUGCGACUCCGCGAUCGUGGAAGAACCGCAGGUGGAAGAUAAUAAGAAGAAAGGUGAGAGCACGCACGUAGCAGCACGUCCUCAGGCUGCACCUACUUGGCCACCACCGAUUCCCACGCACCCACCGCAUCACACGAUACCGCCACUACCAACUCACCCACCCUCGCCUGGUCUGUCGACGCACACCACCUCGAAGCCGAUUACCACGAGUUCCAAGAAACCCGGUUCCGCUACUACGUGGCCAACGAAGAAGCCGACCUGGUGGCCGGCCGCGACCACCACACCGACGACCAGCAAGCUGCCCCCCGUCACUAGCUCGAGCAUCAACAUGUCGCAAUGCGGCGCGAAAAACGGCAACCAGGAUCAAGAACGAAUUGUUGGUGGCAAGCCCGCGGAUCCAGGCGAAUGGCCGUGGAUUGCCGGGCUAUUCAACGCUGGACGACAAUUCUGCGGCGGAUCGCUCAUCAACGACCGACACAUCCUAACGGCGGCACACUGCGUCGCCAACAUGAAUUCCUGGGACGUGGCGAGAUUGACGGUGCGCAUCGGUGACUACAACAUCAAGACGAACACAGAGAUUCGUCACAUCGAAAAACGCAUACGAAGAGUCGUGAGACACCGGGGCUUCAACGCUCAAACUCUUUACAACGACGUGGCGCUCCUCACGAUGAACGAACCAGUGGAAUUCACCGAACAAAUCCGACCUAUUUGUCUUCCUAGCGGAUCACAACUGUACUCCGGCAAGACAGCGACCGUCAUCGGAUGGGGUUCUUUGAGGGAAGGUGGGGUGCAACCAGCGGUUCUGCAGGAGGUUUCAAUCCCGGUUUGGUCAAAUAGCGAGUGCAAAUUAAAAUAUGGUAUAGCAGCACCGGGAGGAAUCGUUGAUAGCUUCCUGUGUGCUGGUCAAGCCGCUAAGGAUUCAUGCUCGGGCGAUAGUGGAGGCCCUCUAAUGAUUAAUGAUGGCCGUUGGAAGCAAGUUGGCAUUGUAUCAUGGGGAAUAGGCUGCGGUAAAGGACAAUAUCCAGGCGUAUACACGAGAGUGACGCACUUUUUACCGUGGAUUUAUAAAAAUCUAAAAUAGAGGAUACAAUAAUCUACUGCCUCUGAUUCGCACAGCCGCAAGAAGGCUUGUCGAAAAACGCAGCAUUCGCCGCAUUCGCUUCGAAAAAUGUGAUAAAAAACUCUCGAGCCCUAACAAAGAUAGAGCUUCCUACAGCGGUAUUAAAAAGAGAUAUGCUUUCGUGUUUCGAAAGCAGCAACACGUGGUCACACUUUCGAGGAAGUGUGACUGUCAUUUUCUUUUUUUUUCCUUUUAAUUAUGCAAGAUGCGAACGUUUCAACUCGUCUCAAGUUCCAUAUCAUCGUGCUCUAUGUACGCUUUCUCAUCGCUAAAUAAUACCAUCAUCAUCCAUUUACUGUAAGAAAACGAACGCAAGCUCGCGCGAUUUCACGUACUGACAAAGUAUUUUAUACUACUAUACAUACACAAGUACAUAUAAAAAAAAGAGAAUAAAGUUACAUAUAGUAAUA